UCGUUCAUUUUCGACGGGUAGGUUUUCGCAGACGGACGGAGCAAAGAUUUGUGCAUCGAAAAUUGCAAUUUUCACAUUUAAAGCCGUGUGUGCUGCACCACAGACAUUGGAAAAGAGUUUUCCGCACUUGUGGUAAAACGCAGGUCCAGAAAGAAAACUCGGCUAGAAGGCAAUUGGCCGUAAAUUCGCCCUGGAACUGGAGGGCAAUUGCGUGUGAAAAAAAGAAGAGCACAGGCUAAAACCGUCGAGAAAUCGUUGUCGUCGCGCUCGCUAUAAUUGUUUGCUUUUGGCCAGAGAAAUUCGUGUGUGCCUGUUGGCAAAAAACACUUAAUAAUAGUUUGUAUUUCGGGUGUGAGUGCGCAGUGAAGUAAUAGCCAAGAUGAGCGGGGGAUUGCCUGAGUUGGGCUCCAAAAUCAGCCUCAUUUCCAAGGCGGACAUUCGAUAUGAGGGCCGCCUGUACACUGUGGAUCCGCAGGAGUGCACCAUUGCGCUCUCGAGUGUGCGGUCCUUCGGAACGGAAGAUCGGGACACCCAGUUCCAGAUAGCGCCGCAGUCGCAGAUCUACGACUAUAUCCUCUUCCGGGGAUCGGACAUCAAGGACAUUCGCGUCGUCAACAACCACACGCUGCCGCACCACAAUGACCCGGCGAUCAUGCAGGCCCAGCUCCAGAACGGACCGCCCCAGAUGCCGCAACACUUUCCCAUGCCCAGCGGGAUGAGCGCUCCGCCGCAGCAGCAGCAGGUACCGUCGCAACAGCAGCAGCCGCCCCAGAUGCCAGGUGGAGGUGGUAACGGCGGCGCCGGCGGAGGAGGAGCUCCCGGUGGAGGUGCCCCGGGCUACGGCAACGGCAAUCCGUUCGGCAACCUCGGCGGUCCUAACCUAGCCAGCAUGGUGGGCAACGCGGGCGGAUCACUCGCUCCCGGAUCCGGAGCCCCUGGCAGCGGACCAUUCAUGCACCUCGGCGGCAAUCAGCAACAGCAGAAGCCUCAGCAGCAAAAACCGCCAAUUUCCGUUCUAGACAUGCUGGCCGGAGCCUCGCGCUCGACGACGCCCAUUAGCCUGAUUGUGAGUCCCACGGCGGAGCUGACCCAGCAGCAGCAGCUACACCAGCAGCAGAACGCUGGCCAGGGUGGCAACGGACGCGAUGCAGGUCAUAAGCGCCAGAACCACCAGCAGCACCAGAAUCAGCAGCAGCAGCAGGCCCAGCAGCAGCGCGGCGGCGGUCCCAGCCACAACAACAUGCAGCAGCAGCAACAGCGAGGCGGCAGUGGCACCGACUUCUACAACCAGCACCACCAGCAGCGGGAUCGUCGUGACUCCGGCCGUCAGAUGGAUAAUAACUACAACAACAAUUACAAUAAUAACCAGCGCAAUCGCGGCGGCGGUAAUGGCAUGCAACAACAACAGCAGCAGCGAGGAGGAAACGGCGGUGGUGGCGGAGCCGGUGGAAAUGGAGGUGGUAACAACGCCGCCUGGAACAUGCACCGCGGUGGUCAGAACUCGAACAACAUGAUGAUGCGUAAUCGCGGAAUGGGAUCAAGAGGGCCCAUGCGACCCAACCAGGGCUAUCGUCCGCAGUCGGCUAAUCAGAACAAGCCUCGCAACAAGAUCAAGUUCGAGGGUGACUUCGAUUUCGAGCAAGCCAACAAUAAGUUCGAGGAACUGCGCUCCCAACUGGCCAAGCUCAAGGUGGCCGAGGAUGCCAACGCCAAAACAACCACCAACUCGACUACAACCACUGCAACUGCAACCAAUGAGCAGGUGGGUGAGAAGGUUGAAAGCGUCCAUACAUUGAAUGGAGAGACCGACAAGAAGGAUGACUCUGGAAACGAGACCGGCGCUGGAGAGCACGAGCCCGAGGAGGAUGACGUUGCUGUGUGCUAUGACAAGACCAAAUCGUUCUUCGACAACAUCUCGUGCGAGGCUGCCCAGGAUCGCAGCAAGAACAAGAAGAAUGAUUGGCGCCAGGAGCGCAAGUUGAACACGGAAACCUUCGGAGUCUCGUCGACGCGACGUGGCAGCUACCGCGGACGCAACCAUUACUACAACAACAAUGGCAACAUGGGCGGAGCGGGCAACGGCGGCAUGAACUCGGGAUACGGAGGUGCGCCAGGCUAUAACCGAAACAACUAUCGCAUGGGCGGCGGAGGCAACUUCCGCAACAGGAGCAACAAUCGCGGCGGCAACCGGGGAGGUAAUGGCAUGCCAAACAUUACCAACGGGAAUGCCAACACGGCUGCAGCGCUGAAGGCUGCCAACAAUGUGGGAUCUGGAUCCAAUGCCACGGAUUCGAAUGCACCCAACGCCACAACCACGACGACAAAGUCGACGUCCCUCUUGCCAGAGCAGACGCAACAGGUGGCGGCAGUUUCUCAAUAGUGCCGCCCAGCUAGUGGACAACCACUUUAAAUAAAAAUUGAUAGAAACGAAUUGAGAAGAAGAAAGUUAAUAUCCUAUUCUUUGCAAAGCUAAUUAUUCGAAGCAACCCAAUCAACCGACCGACCGAACGAUCGACGACACACAGGCUCUUAUUAUCAGGAAUUUCGAGUUAUGGAUCUAACGGCAUAAAAUAUUUGUAUAAUUAAACUUAGUGUUAUAAUUCUCACGACGUCCUUGGGCGCACUCCGCUGCCCGCCCACCACACCGUGUGCUUGGCGAUGAUGAUUAACAUAAACGCUUAACGACUAGCGACUGUGAACGUGAAAGUGAACCGGCCAUCUGUUAGGUUUUGUGUAAAUGGCUGGUUCCAACGCCUUUCGCUGAGCAGAAAACACGGUAAUGAUAACGAGGAGAUAAUGGCACGCCUACAUACAUACAUAUAUUUAGUAAUAGUUGUGAAGAACAUAGUAAGCAUAAGUAUAUGAAAGCUACAAAAAACAAAACAAAAAAUUUACCAGAAACACUGAGAAUUAGCGGAGGAGUCGAUAACAAUAAUGAAAUUAAUGGAGCAAAACAAUUAAAUCCAUGGAAUUCCCAAAACUAAAUAAAAGCUAAUUAACAUGUUUUUAUUUGAAUGAAAGAAAAAAAGAAACAAAACAAUUGUAAUACUGUAUUUCUUGUGGGCAUAAAACAUCGACCAACACUCGAACCGUUUUACUAGCAUUUAAACCUAUUAUUUAAGAGCAUUUUAAAUAUGAAAAUGAAAAUAAAAUCGGCAGCAAUGCUUGUUGGAAAAGCA